UCAGCGUGAAUAACGAAACGUGUAUUUGUUAAAAAGUGAGACUAGGCUCGACACUGAACAAUAAGGGAUAGCUAGAAUUAUGAAGUAGUUGUCAGACGUUUAAUUGCCAUUCACGAAUUUCAAUGUACUGUAAAUUCUGCGAAACGGCGAUAGAAUGGCGAAGUAAAGUUGCAAAUGGAAAAUGGCGAAAAUCGUGAAAGUAUCCGAGUCGUUACCCACGAUCCUAGUUUGUGAAUAUUGUGCUAACCUUACGUUCAAGCAAAUAGAAGAUUUCAUAAGACAUUUAAGAGAUCAACAUUGCUCUAGAGAAGGAGGUUCAUUCGUGUGCCUUUACGGUUAUAAUGGAGUAUGCACUAGUCUUCCUGUGGAGGGUGUUUCUGACAAAGAUUAUAUAGCACAUGCUACUAAACACGCAGUAAUGCAACAGCAACAUAAAAGCAAUGGUCAACUGUUAGAACCCUGUUCAUCGUGGACUGUGUAUUCUGCAGCACAGAAUUUACCAGCUGUUUUAAAUGAUCCUUUCAAAGGAAAACAAAGUAACUUUUUAACUCGUACUUGGGGAGAUGGAUUCGUAGAGAAGGUUGAUAUACCUAAAAGUCCUUACCUUCCCGAAAUCACAAUGCAACACUUUGAAUCAUAUUUAAAAAAAAUUGCAAGGAGGUACAGAAAACAUUCUCGUAUGAAUUCAAAUAUCAGUAGGCCAACUACACCUAAUGAAUUAUUACAAAAUUUUCCAAAUUUAAGGAAAGUUAAAUCCUUGGAUCGAAUGCAGUUUGAUUUGUCUAAUAUCCCAAAAAUCUUUUUAACGCCUAAUUUGGAUCUUUCUCAGAAAGAUAAUUUUUAUGCAGUGUUUCCAUUUGCAAAAAAUGGAUUGUUAAAUGAGGAUUCUAAUAUUGUUAUGAAUGUAAAGCAAAUGCAAGAAAAGCUAAGUCAUUAUUUAGAUGUUGUGGAAGUUAGAAUAGCAGAACAAGUUGCUUCUAAGUCUCAAGCAUUUUUCCAUGCUAUGACUUCUCAUGAUGCCCUAAUGGAGCAACUUACACAAACUAUUACAGUUCUAAAAGCACUUAGAAAAAAUAUACACCAAGUUGAUAAGCAUCUAGUCAAUGAUUCUUUAGAAAUUUUAAGGUUGGAACGGGCGAGAUCUAAUCGAUUAUUGGUUCAAGAAAAACUAAAACUUAUGGCUACGGUACACCAAAGUCAACCAAUGAUACAAUUGUUGUUGUCCACGCCAGAUUAUGUUGCAGCCUUAGACCUCAUUGCUACAACACAAGAAAUACUUUUACAGGAAUUGAAUGGAGUACAUAGUUUUAGACAUUUAAGUUCUCAAUUGACAGAAAUGGAAAAACUUGUUGAUAAAAUGUUAUCUACAGAAUUUCAAAGAUAUGCAACUGCAGAUUUAAACAGACCGUUAGGAGGAGAAAAUACAGUUUUGGACGGUGAUAAACUUGUUUCCAUCAUUUCUGGUCUCCUGAGGCAAAAACAUUUUCAAUUUGUGGAUACUUAUAAAGAAGAAGCAGUGACGACGGUCCGAGCUGUAACAAAACAAAGGGUCAUAGAAGCUUUAGCAGCGAGCGAUUGUUGCAGUGAUCAACAAGCUGCAGCUUUGGAAGUUGGUGGACUUUCUCUCGCGGAAAGACUAACGUUACUUCACAAUGCUAUACAAUCUUUAACAUUCCUUUUGAUGCGAGUUAAGGCCGUUCACGAUGUAAUGCGAGAUACAGCAGAUCUAGCGGCAGGCCGAGUGUGUGACGGAUCAUUCGAUGAUACGAUUCCUGAUCGCUUAUUAACUCAAGCAGAACAUUCGCGAAUAACGAUCAAACUUAAUGAUAUGAUAACUUCCAUUUGUGAUUACUGUCAUGAGCGAAUGGGAAAUCUGCUUUCUGCAGGUACAAAUGAUAAAGAUAGAUCACAAAACGAAAAAGAAAAAUUAAACACUGAGAAUUUAAAUAAUAAACAAGAAGAAAAAGAGUGUCAAACUUGGAAUGAUAAAUCAUCUUGGUUAAGUAAAAGAGCAACAACAGCUCAAGUGUGUCAACUAGCCAAUUUAGUUGAGGAGUUCACAGAAACUUGUGAAAAGCUCUGUGGCAAACAAUGCACAGGUUUACGAUCUGCAUUUAAGGCACAAGCUAGUAAAUUCAUUCAAAGAUUUCAUACCGAGCUCAAAACAAAGCUUACUCUUUUAUUAGAAUCUGAAAGAUGGAAGCAAGCUGAUGUACCACCAGAAUUUCAAUCAUUAGUAACCUAUGUAUAUGAAAAUAAAACUUUUCCGCCAAAUCUAUUUAAAGUUGAUGAUAAAGUUAGUAAAGGUGGUGUUCAAAACUUCAUUAUGGUAGGAGAUGAAAAAUAUGCUGUUGUUGGUACAGCUUUAAUGCUUAUACAAAUGAUACACGAAUAUUGCAGAACUGGGAGUGAACUAAUAACUUUAUCAGGAACAAUUGGAAGACAUUUAGCGGAAUUACUGCGACAUUAUAAUUCACGUUGUUGUCAACUUGUCCUUGGAGCUGGAGCAAUGCAGGUUGCUGGUUUAAAAACUAUUACCAGUACAAUACUUGUAUUAGCAGCACGUAGUUUAAAACUAAUUUUAUGGUUUAUGCCUUAUGUCAAAUCACAUUUUCAAAUGUUUGCAGAGCAAAACCCUAGUCGUGGACUUGGUACAUCUGGUAUAAGCGGUGGUGUUGCUCUAUUGGAUAGUGUUGAAAGAGAUAUUCGUGCGCAUGUAAAAGAAAUUGAAAGCAAAAUUCUUACUAUUGUUGACAAUCUACUGGGUGGUCAAAUAUCGAAAUGGACUGCAAGACCGCCAGUACCAUCGAAAUCAUUCAGAAAUAUUUCUAGUUACUUAAUGAAACUACAUGAAGCAGUUUCUGGAAUUCUCCCAGUAGUUGAAGUACAAACUUUAUAUCGUACAGUAAAUACAUCUUUCAAAGAAAAACUUAGAGAGCAAUUAGUCAAAAUGAAUAUAGUAAAUAACGGUGGUCCACAACAUGGUGUAGUUACGUCUGAACUUACAUUUUACCUCGAAGCAUUGCGAAAAUUAAAAGUGUUACCAACUAAUGAAUUAGAUGACAAUUGGAUGAGUGAUAUAUGGACCAGAUAACAUGCAGAGCGUGUGAUAUAUUGCAUAAUAGAAGCGAUGAAAUAUUGUAGAAAAAGUGAACAAAAUGUUAGAGAUAUUGCUUUGCGUCUCUGUUUACAAGAAGAGCAAGAACGUAAAACUAAUCCAAACGAAACUCAUGAACGUUCAAUUAUCAUCGUUGGUAGUAAGAGAGUCGUACGUAACAUAUUAACUAAAGCUAUUAAAUAAUGAUCUAUUAAUGCAAAUUACAUACUCACGUAAUGGAGAAGAAAUAUGCAUUCCUAGGGUAAAACUACAAUGAUACAUCGUUUUCUCGAAAAAGAUGAAACACCGAAACCAACUAUCGCGAUAGAUUAUUCUUUUGGACGUAAAGCUGGAAAGAGUUUA